CCCUGUUGGUUAACAUGGAACCGCCUGACCGUCCAUACAGAGCUUCCAAGUCCAAUUCAUUCUUUAUGGUCAUCCUGAUGAUUGCAUUUGGACUCAUCUGUUUACCUGUGGGCUGGUGUAUUACUAAGCUAACUCCCUCCAAAGGAUGUGGACCUUUCCGCAUCUACAGCUACAUGAUCGAUGUGAUCCCUCUGGCUAUUUCCACAUGGCCAACGUGGUUGCAAGAAGGCCUAAAAUUCAUCUCUUCAGCUGGAUUUACAAUCCCUGCCUUUAUCAUUUUAUUGAUUGUGAUUUACUACUACCAUGCUUUGGCCUCAGCCAGAAAAGAGAUGGUAAAACUGAUGAAAGAACAACUUGCUUUGGAGGGUAGAGACAAGCAGUUCCUGCUGCAACAAAUCAAAGAUGGUGAUGAGGAUGGAAAAGCAGCUGAGCAAAAAGUGACUGUGACAAAAGAGACUAAUAAGUCAGUAGUAAGCGCUACCGAAGUCCGCUUAAGGAAAGUACAGUCACCUCCAGGAGUGCCACUAGAUUCAGAUUUUUAGGUUAUUACUUUAUCGAUAGAUGAUUUUUUUGUACCUUAUUGUCUGUGGACAAUGCAGGUGUUGGAGCUUUCUGUGCUGGAUUAUGCUUUUAUUUAUUUCAGUUAUAAUAUUUUAAUUUUUGUGGUUAUGUGCAGGGGUGUUUAAUAAAUUUUGAAAAUGGAUAGAGCAAAGCUGUGCAUAAUCAAUGUAAGGAUCAUGGUGUAGUUGAUGUGAUGAAUCUGAACAUUUUUACUUUUAGCUUCAAAGCAACACUGUGAUAGUUUGCCAUUUGUCUGCUCAUACUUGUCACACAACUGAAAAGAAAAGCACUGUACAUACAUGUGUAUUUUGUCUGCUUAUGAAGAGUGCAUAAACCAAUACACCAGGUGUGAUUUUUUAAACAUUCCAUUAAAAUAUUAACAUCUUUCUGAUUAAUGUUUAUUUCUACUUUUUACUUAUUUUCUGUUAAGAAAAUCUUUACAAGAAGUAUUGUAUUUCUGUAAGGGCAGGUCCCCUGAUGUUAAUGUUAGCUUUGGAAAGUAUAUUAUAAUAGAAUAUGUUCAAUUAUUUAUUUAAGGUUUUGGAAUUAUUUAAAGUGGUUUACUAGGAAUUUAUGCAAGGCAAAUUAAAUAUCUAAGUGUAUUUUAUAUGGAAAUCUUGAAUAUUGUUAUUCCGUCCUGAAAGGGGAAAUAGUAGAAUACCAUGUGUACAUAAUGACUUUUAUCAUAUAUACUGAACAAAAUAGAAACAUUUGUCUCAAAGUUGCUUUUGCUAAGUACAUGUAUAAGUAAUUGAUAUAGAGAGUCAGGGAUUAACAUUGUCUGAUUCAUGUAUAUAACUCUGUGUAAAAAAAUGCAUUAUUUCCAUUAUAAAAUUAUUUUUGUGAAACAUGAAAAUGCAUUUUUAAAAAAUUUUGUCCAGUAUAGUUAAAGAAAACAAGUUUUACUUUUUCUUGACACAAUGAAGGACAUCAUUUUCAUAUUAAUGUUUUACAUCAUUUUCAUAUUAAUGUUUUAUAGUAAUGAAAACAUACUUUAACAUUCCAGUCCAUUUAAACAAAACUUCUCGAUAUUCUUUUGUAUAUCGACUUCUACAUGCCUGGUUUAUAAAUGGAAAAGGAUAUUUAAUUUAAUUGUAAUUGUGAUUGGAUGAGUGCUUUCUCACAAACAUUCUCAUUUACACAAAAUGAAAUAAACACUUAUACAGUGAGUGGAAU